AUGCCAAUCAAGGGGAAGAAAGUUAAAGGAAAACAAAAAUCAAAAAGCGAGCCAGAAAAUGAUGGCUGCAUUAUUGAGAACCCCCAAUCUAGUACGAUUGUGAAAAGAAUGGCUUCAAAAACAUUGAGUUCAGGUGCCAGAAAGUUGGGGAGUGAUGUGAAUGAUGGUCAACAUCAAGUAGAAACAAGUCAAUCAAGUUUAUGGCUAUCUAAAACAAAGGUAUACGAAGUUUAACGGUGUUGCUUAGUUGCUAUACACUUAGUUGUUUAUAUAUUCCAUAGCGACUGAGUAUUGAAUAUUAAAUUCCCGCAUUCCAAGGGAGAAGGAAAAAUGAACCUGGCUCUAAUGAUUGUGUGAUUUGAUAGAAUGCAACCAACCAGCUAUAUUAACAGAAAGCUUGCAAUAUUGUAAUAUUAAUAUCAGACAGUCUAAUUAGCUAAAUUAAUUAAUUGCAGAAUAUUAUUGUUAUAUCAAUCAAUCAGAAGAGCCAAUUUUGUUCAACAGUGGUUCAAAGGUGGUUACACAAACCCUGGGUUGAAAUUUGCUGUUUGGGUUUGUGCAUUACUGUGUGCUUGUUUAUUUCAAAACUUAAUUCAGAAAAUAAAACCAGUAUGUUGAUCGAAACAAGUUUUCUAGAAAGAUAUUUCCAUGUUUAUAAACAGGCUGCUAGGAGGAUUGUUAUGAAGAUUUUGUUAGCCUAGGGUUAAGCCAAGUAGCUAACCGACUUUUGAGCAACUGGACCUUGAUGUUCAACUUUAUGGGAGACCCUGGUGUAAGUCUGGGGUAGUAUCUGUACGAUCCUUGGUAAGAUCUUCUGAAUCCUGAGUACAACAGGAUCAUUAACAAGAUCCUGUGGCAUCCUGUUUUCACUGACUAAGGGACAAAUCUUCCAGCUUACUUCAUCCUCACAGAUAAAAUCUAAUAAUUAAUUACUCUUUAUAUAAUCACCUGGAGUUAUAUAGAAACAGUAUAAUUGGGUCAAUUUACAGUGAUGAUGGAUCAAGACUCCAUAUAUUAUAUGAUGGAAAUUCCUGCUGUCUGGAGUAAAAUGUAGUACUACUAAGAUAGGGAAGGGAAUUACUUUCCCAUUCCUCUGAGUGUGUGUUUUGUUGUGAAAUGACCCAUUUGUAUCAUUUCUUAAGUUCUCGGUAGAAGACUUAUUGGACUCAGACAACAAGACAUUUGGUCGUCUUAUGAAUGGAGAAGUUCGAAGUGAUGUAUUUGAAAGCUUAACUUUGGAGGAAGUGAAGGAUUUGAAAUUGGUAUUCGAUGCAUUUGACAGUGACUGUACUGGGUAAGGACUUUUAAAUGAAUCAGUACAGGCUUGGAGGCAUAAUAUUGUCCAUUUUGGCUUAAUUGCUGAAACUAAAACUAUUGGUGGUGACUAAAAAAAUGGACAAUCUAAAAGUAACCAUUAACGUUUGCCUAUAGUACUAAUAAAGGAUGUAAUUUGUCCACAUUUUUAGUCACCCCUGUUAAACAAAUUUCGUACACUUCAUGUAAUGUUGUAUACAAAAUGUCAACUAUUAUGCUUUUUGUAAAGAUCCAUUGAGUUUAUUGAGCUUCGAAGGAUCCUGUAUUCGCUGGGAUUUAAAAUAUCUGAAGAAUCUUUGAAGAGAAUUACAGGUACAAUGAAUGGUUCUGUUUAUAAUUCACAGUAAUUGCAUGGCCGUUACGUAUACUAAAAUACUGAAUGUUGCUUUUCUGAUCAUUUACAGGCAGUUUUGAUCUUGAAGAUUCUGGGUAAGGGGUUUAGUUGCUUUUCCCAAAUAUAGUCCAUCAAUAUCCUUACGUAAGAAAAAAAUUAUAGACUUGUUACAAUUAUAAAUUAUAAUGGCCUUUCAUUUUAUAUAUUUAAUUGUCAAAUUGAACAUUUGAUGUUAAUAUAGUAGUUCUCAUUAUAUUCUAUAAUAUUUAGACUUGUAAAUGUGGAUUUUGGUAUAUACAAUAUGAGCAUGCAAGCUCGAUCAUGACUAUACACAAAACAGUGCAAGAUCCCUUUCUUUCUAAAGGGAAAAAUGCCACGUCACCAGGCAUUGACCUGAGAAACAGAAUAUUUUUUAUUGGCCUAAACAUUCCAUUUUUCCUUCCUUUAAUGGCAUUUUUGCACGUACCUUCUAAUAAGAAGUAAAAAGAAAACAAUCUUAUAUUUGUGUUGUGUAGGAAAAUAGACUUUAAUGACUUCUUGGAUGUCGUUAUUUCAAAACAGGGAAGUGACAGAGAUAUACAUUCUGAGAUCAUGCAAGUAAGUUUGAAAAAAAAACCACUCGGCAUAGUGUAAAUUGCAUGCAUAAAUUUUGAAAAACAGUACAAUUCGGAACAGCAUUUAAAUUAAUUUUAAAAACUUAUAAAAGACAAAGAAAAUCAUUGCGGUGUUGGUGGUUUUAUAAGUGAUAGAAAAUUAUGUUCAGUUCCAUAUUAAACUUUAGCUUUGAUUUUCUCGGCUUGGACAAUGUUUAUUUUUAAAAUUACUUCGCCAAUGAACUCAUAAGAUGGGUCGUUUUUUAAGUCAUCAUUUAAAGCACUCGGUAGACUUGGGGUCGUGCUUUAUCACGUAUUAAAACACUCGUGCUGCGCACUUGUGUUUUAUAUCUGAUAAAACACGUAAAAGGUAGUUGGGCGCUUUUGUAAAAAUGCGUAAAUGAAAGCAACCGGCGUUUGUGCAUUUGGGCGCAUUUCGCGUUAAUUUUGCGCUAAUUUUGCGCUAAUCAGUCCGUUUUAUAUUCUACUGAUUUGUUUUGUUCUAUUUUGUAGGGUUUUAACAUGAUUGAUACAGGUAAGUAAAAGAAAAUAAAUAAAAAAAAACGUUGCCUUGGUUAGCUGUUUUUAAUACAUCCUUUCGAUAAUUACGUCACAACUACACUGUUUUCAACUUAGGACCAUCUUAAAUGGAAAGGAUUUCAAGUUUUUUCUCAUGGGCUAUGCACAGAGAAGCAGAACAUCCUUCUUCAAUCUGCAGUAAUAAAUUUACGUGGUGUUUCCACAAACAAAACUAUUAUAUUUUAUCGCCAUGCAAACAUACAAAGAACUUAUUAUCAGACUUGUUAUAAGGUUGUUCUGACAAGUCUGAUACAGUCAUGAUAUAACAAGAAUGUUACAAGGUUGACGACACAAGGUUGUAACAAUAUUCAUUUGUUAUAUCAUGACUGUAUAUCAUCAAGGUUGUUACAAGAUGCAAACAGUUUGUUCCAAACUUGUUGACAACUUGGGACAAGCAGUGCGGACACAACUUGUUGACGACUUGUUGGCAGACUUGCUACAAGAUGUGCAUGAGCUAGAUUUUUACAUAUGCAUUUGGAACAUUCACCAACCCUUUAUUUCAUCUUGAAAUGUCCCCCUGUAUCAGUUCGUGACUGCCAACUCUCAUUAACUGUGCCAUGGUUUAGGUUUGAAUUUUGUAUACAAAAUAGCUAGCUAAGAGCGCUGUCUUUCUUCACACUCAGACAAAACUGGCAAGAUCUCAUUGGAUAACUUGCGCAAUGUAUGUCGUGAUCAUGGUGUGAAACUGAGCGACCAGGAACUCAAAGAUAUGAUACAAGAGGCAGACGUUGAUGGCGAUGGUGAGGUGAAUACUUCAGAAUUUGUACAAAUUAUGCAAAAGACUAACUUAUUUUAAGGAGAAAUUACCUUGUUAUCGAGAAUGGGCUUUGAGAUAAGUAAUGAUGUUUUCCAGUGGUAGACACGCGGUGGGGGGCAGUCAGGGGGGGGGGAAACCGCUCUGAAUUUUAGUUCAUUCAUUUAUCAUUUGAUUUAAUAUAUUGCUUAUAUAUGUAAAUAUAGUUUAUUACUUAUUUUAGCUAGUCAUACGGCUAGCCUAUUGGAAGAUGAUCACUUUUCUUUGUUUUGUAAAUAGUUUUAGUGAAAUUAUAAUAAUGAUGAUCAAUUUGGUUCCCGCUUCCUAUAAGUCUUCUUCUUCUCCUUAGUUCGUGCAACUAAACUUUAAUGGCACCUCUUUCUAUCCGUGAGGAACGCGUGUAUCUAUACCGAAAUAUUUAGUUGAAAUGAAAGAUUUUGUGACAGACACGCCGCUUCUAUUGUGAGUACUCGAGUUAUUACGUACAUUAAUAAUGAUGGGAAAACAUAUUAGCUGAUCAUUAGCGCAAAACACGUCCAUAAUAACACUGCCAAUAAUCACUUUCUGCAUGUGUAUUGUUUGGACUCCAAAAGGACAAGCACAAUGGCUAUGUUGUGCCUAUGUUUAUCAAAACUAUUACAAAUGGAGUGAAAUACUAAGAGUAUAGGAAAAUAAUAGGACCAGAGGCCACUGAUCUAUAGCUUGGAAUUACGAAGAUAAGUAAUGUUCAACUUCAUUGGUUUAAUAAGUAUGGCAUACAACUGAACACAAAGUCGAAUGUGCUAGGCAAAUCGAAGGAUCUUAUAAAACACCGAGGGUUGUAAUGAAGAAUAAUUUGCCUUCUGCGCGAUUCUUGUACGAAUUCGACACCGUUGACACGUUGGCAUUGAGAAACAUCUCCGAGAAGCGAAAGCUUCAACGGCAACUCGGCGAACUUGACAAACAACUACACAGCAAUUUAGUGCGAAUGGAAUCGGAGAUUUUAUCUCUUCGCUUGGAGAAAUGUGAAACUUCGCCAGCAACGAAACAGGGAAAAAGAAAAGUUAUGGAGGGUAAAAGUAAUGUUAAUAAAGGUAAAACCAAGACAAGAGUGAAGGAAAGCAGUCAUGGAGAAGCGAAAACCAAUUCCUCAAAAGUGAAAACAAAUAUGGCUGACUUUACAGACGGCAUUAGCGCUAAUCAGGCAACACAAAAUUUUUCUUCCAAAAACACUUUGCCGAAGAUUACAACUUCGUCUUAUUUAACAGCGAAACAAGAACAAUUCAAUGAAAACCAGGAUGGUGAAACGGACAUGAUAAACGAGAGUUUCUCGCUGGAAACAAUUUCAGAAUUGGGGCAAAAGCAACUGCAAGCUGAGCAGCGGAUUUUAAUGUCGCUACAACGUCCGCGCUCAAAACUAAAAAUGCAAACUGGGUCCAUCAGCCGACCUCCAACGCCUCAGGCUUCGAAUCUACUGUUAUCACCGCUAAGACCGAUAGAUAGGCAACGUAGGGCUAGCUCGUACGGUCAACUUGCUCCGUUACCCGACGAAUACGUUACUAAAGACAGAUUUAUUCGGGCGUUUAGUGCUCCUGAUGUAAGCGAAUCGCUAAGUACGAGCGACCUUGGACGCUUAAGAAGUUUAGCUUAUGGACAAAACCAAACCUCUGUUAGUCCAAAUGAAGUCAAACGAUUCAGAAGUUUACCUAACAGACAAAAACAGAUUUCUGGCGAGGUAAAAGGACCCGUUACUAAUGAAAAUGGUAGCUCCAAGCCUGAUCGUGUAGCGAAAUUGAAGUUGGAUCCGUUAAAAACACGAGGAUCUGAAACAAUCGGGUCGAAAACCACCAAUUUUGAUGAAGUGCUAAAAAGUCGGUUACAGUUGUUGGAAAAUGGCGUGCCAAACAGAGAAGAUUUGGAAAAGAUUCGUUAUUUGAGAUUGAAAGAUGAGAAUGAAAACGCCAAUGAGGUUGAGGAUAUUUUUGCUAUUUUGCAUCAGAAUAAGAAUGGCUGA